GCUGGGAAAUGGCUGCGGAACUGGAGCCUUUGAAGGCGGAGUGGCUGGGAGCUGAGAAAGCUGAAGACACCGGAGGGCAGACCACCUCUCUGAAUACGACGGAAGACUUGCUGGAGACAGUAAAAAAGCUACAGAAAGAGGGAAGCCUGGAACCCCAGAUUGAGGACCUGAUCCAUCGAAUUAAUGAGCUGCAGCAAGCAGAGAAGAGAUCCAGUGAGGAGCUGGGAGAGGCUCAAGCACUCCAGGAAGCCAUGCAUCAGGAACUAGAUUCCUUGAAUGAAGAGAAAGUCCACCUAGAGGAGGUCCUGUGCAAAAAGCAAGAUGCUCUGUCAAUUCUCCAGAAACAUCCCCAAGAGAGAGAAAGUGAGACUACAUGCUUGGAUGCUAAACAAAUGGAAGAGAAGCUGGAGGAUCUGGCAAGUCAACACAAGGACCUCUGGGAGUUCCAUGUCCUGCAGCAGCGACUGGCCCAGGAGAUCAGCACAAUGGAGCACAGGAAAGAGCAGCUGCUGAUGGAGAGGACUUUGCUGCAAGCCAGGCUGAAGGAGGUGGAGCAGAAGCUACAGGAGGCCAGGGAGGCCCAGGAUAGCCCAGAGAAUUGUGGUCUGAAGACAGAGCUGGAGGAAUUUGGGGAGCAGUCCCAGAACAUCCCAGAAGCUCAGAAUGACAGAGGGGAGGCUGGCCAAGAGGAGCAGCAUCAUGUGGAGCCAUCCGAUGAGUUGCCAAGGACAGGAACGCCCUGCUAAGCCCGAGGACUCGCCAGUGCUCACAUUCCCAAA